UCUAUCAACAUUGUCGUUAAAUGUCAGUGUGAGCCGCAGCAGUACACACUGGUAAAAAGCUGUUUAUGACAUCCAGACAAAAGGGAUUUGGGAGUAUUUUAUGUCGCAGGGAGACAGUUAACUGGCUGCAUGAAUUAUGCACAACAGACUAUUCUUUCAUAAAGAAACAAUUAAAGGUACUUUGUGGGUCAUUGUUGAAUAUCCUGCCAUUGACUGAUGAAGUGAGUGUGUUGGUGACAGAAAUCUGCUGUCCAAUAAAUAGAUCACUGACUCUCCCUUUCACCUGCACAGAAACAACAUCCUCCACCCAGACACCACUCUGUUGGGAAUGCAGUCGAGCCGGACUGCCUCUCCCGUUUUUUGACAAAUUAUGCUUUACACGCUUUUGAGAAUUAUUUUUAGUUAACUGUAUGUCCCUCAUCUUUCUCAUCUCUGACUUUAAAAUAUUGGAUGUGCCUAAUUGUGGUAUCUCCUCAUCACAAAUGCAGAAUGCGGUGCAGUCCUGGUUCCAUGCUCAACCUGCUUCGCAGCGGGCGUAUACGAUUCUGCAGCAGGCGAGGGAAGAGCAGACUCCCCCUGUGGCUGAGGAAAAUAUGGGCCUACAUGAGGCUGCUGGUGCAGUCGCUUUGUUUCAACACCCUCACAGACUCUGAUGUAGUGUUUGACUCCAUCUUUGAACCAGUGUUUUGGACUGUGGAUUAUGUCACACGCUGGUUUGGCUUGGUGUUUGUUUGUCUGGUGGUAAUUCUGACCAGCUCCAUUUUGGUGAUAGCCUACAUAGUGCUUCUUCCUCUAAUCUUAAACACUUACUCCCCUGCAUGGAUUGCUUGGCACAUUUGUUAUGGACACUGGAAUCUCAUCAUGAUCGCUUUUCACUACUACAAAGCUGCUAAGACCUCCCCAGGGUACCCCCCCACAGAAAAAAAUGACAGGCCGUUUGUGUCGGUCUGUAAAAAGUGCAUCAUGCCUAAACCAGCAAGAACACACCACUGUGGUAUCUGUAACAGGUGCAUUCUGAAAAUGGACCAUCAUUGCCCUUGGUUAAAUAAUUGCAUAGGACAUUUUAACCAUCGCUACUUCUUCUCUUUCUGCCUCUUCAUGACCCUGGGCUGUGUCUACUGUAGCAUCAGCGGCAGAAACCUGUUCCUCGACGCAUACAACGCUCUUGAGCGGUUUAAGCAUUUGGAUUUGGAAAAGCCAGGGAUUCCUGUAACAGGGAUGGGACUUCUUAUAGGGCUUCUCCCAUCUGGCCAGACCAACUUCCACACGCCUGCACCUUCAUACACCUUUAAGGAAAGGAUGAUUCAUAAAAGCAUCAUCUACAUGUGGGUUCUCACCAGCACUGUGGGCGUGGCUCUGGGAGCUCUAACUGUAUGGCACGCAGUUCUAAUAUCCAGAGGGGAGACAAGCAUUGAUAGGCACAUUAACAAGAAGGAAAUGCAGAGACUGGCAGCAUGGGGAAAGGUUUAUAGAAACCCUUUCAACUAUGGCAAGCUGAACAACUGGAAAGUAUUCUUGGGAGUGGAGAAAAGAAGCCACUGGGUAACACGCGUCCUGCUCCCAUCCGGCCACCCACCAUAUGGUGACGGCUUGACGUGGGACAUCUUCCCAGUUAGAAAGGACUUGAUACCUGUAUGACAGACUGCUUCAGCAAACCUGUAGCCUGAAAUCAGUGCUAUAUCAACCCAUUUUUAUCCAGCUGGCUCGCAUGGUGGCUCCACUUGGCACUAUUGACCUCCAUUACCUCAAUAAGACAGGGACUGCAUAUGAAUUAUGCAAUAUAAAUAUGUCUUGCAAGUUGAUGCUACUUGAGUCAGAGCUACAAUAAUGCUGACUGAAUUAUUUGUUAAAAUAUCUUCAAGGUAAAAUAUUUCAUCUAUUUUUUCCCCCAAUUUGUUUAGUGUUUUAAAAAAAAUGUCUUAGAGACACACUAAAGUUGAAAAUGAAGUGGGUCAGUUUUGUUUUCCUAUUCCUGUAUUUUCCAUGUUAAUUUAUCAAAAGCCACUCAAAUGGUAACACAUGCUUAAAGCAUUCAAUUCCAUUCAAACACUACCCCGAUGAUGUUCUCUGUACUUUGCAUAUGUUAAUAAAUUUUUAUUACUUUUUUAGAAA